CGGUGAGGGUAAGAGAAAAUAAAAACGUUAAUCGAACAGACGCUCCUUUUAAUAAAGUACAAUAGUGCAUGGGAUACUUUAACGUGUUAAUCCUAUCAAAUUUCACACAAACAUUUGAAUAAAAAUUGCAGAGAUGUCUGAAGAAUUGUUGAAGCAGUUGAGCAAUUAUAAGGCUCAGCUACAGCAGGUGGAAGCCGCGCUCUCUACAGAUCAAGAAAAUGAAGAUCUGCUUAAACUGCAGAAAGAUCUUCAGGAGGUGAUUGAGUUGACAAAAGACCUGUUGACAUCACAGCCAGUGGAGGGCGUGGCUAGUGACAAAAGUUUAGAAGCAGCUUCGUCUACUCGCAGCUGGAGAGUCGGAGACCGUUGUAUGGCCGUCUGGAGUCAUGACGGACAGGUGUAUGAGGCAGAGAUAGAGGAGAUUGACAGCGAGAACGGUACGGCAGCGAUCACCUUCUCUGGCUAUGGAAAUGCAGAGGUGAUGCCACUUCAUGCACUCAAAGCCUCAGAGGAGGGCAAGAGCAGGGAUGAGGAGGGGGGGAAGCCCAAAUCCAAGAAAGAGCUGAUAGCUGAGCAGAGGGAAUACAAAAAAAAGAAGGCCCAGAAGAAAGUGCUGCGCAUGAAGGAGCUAGAGCAGGAAAGAGAAGAUCAGAAAUCCAAAUGGCAACAGUUUAACAAUAAAGCCUAUUCAAAAAAUAAGAAAGGACAGGUGAAGAGGAGUAUAUUUGCAUCUCCAGAGAGCGUGAAUGGAAAGGUUGGAGUCGGCACGUGUGGUAUUGCAGAUAAACCCAUGACACAUUACAACGACACUUCAAAGUAUAAUGUCAGGCAUCUUAUGCCCCAGUGAUUUAUAUUGUCCUUUCUGUGUCCAUCUGUUACCACUCACCAUUAAAAUAAAACAAGAUCCCACUCUGAGCCAAAUUAGAAACAGUUUUGAUUGGACAUGAAAUUAUAUUUCCAGAGUAGGAUUCCAGAUAUUGUGGGUGCUUAGUCUUGGGGUGUUGGAUCUGUUCUGUACUAAAGGAGUCUCUGGACAUUGUAAUUAAUAAAACAUCAGUCCACAGAGUUGUUAGUUAAAGACAGCUCCCACAGUUCCUGUUUAGUUUUAUUGAGGAUGAGAACUCUGCCCUGUAGUUUUUUUAUGAUGUGUUGAACAAACAUAUGUAAAGCGCAUAUGAUUUUAAGUCAGGGAAGACUGGUGUUGUGGAAGUGAUUAAGCAGUUUUCUCUUGUGCUUCUCCACCUCUGUGUAGUAACUGUUCUGCAGCCCAUUUGUUGUGUUAAAUUUGAUUUUCAGUUUUGUAUAUUUACAUAUUUGAGAAGAAUAAACAUUGAUUUGUUGACAUUUCU